UUCCGAAUUUUAGAGUGUAAUGCGCCAUGGAGGAUUCCAAUUUAGAUAUAACAAUGGCGGAGCCGGAUCAAACGUCCUCAUUACUAAACCACAAUGUCAGCUUUAAUAGCGGCAUGGAUUUUUCUUUGGCCGCUGAAAACGACGAGCAGUCGCUCCGCCUGAGCUUCAGUUUGACAGACGAGGAACGCAAGAUGCUGAAACAGCAGCACAAUGGCAUUAAAAAUAGUAAUCACAGUCGCACAGUACUCAAGGACCUGUCUAUGAAUAUAGAAAAUGAAAGCGCCCGCCUCCAAUUGAGCGAAGACAAAUGCCAGAGCAGCUUAGAUGACUCGACAUUGGAGGAGGAUAGUCAACGCAUUAUAGAUGUAGAUGACACAAUUGAGCUAGAUCAGACUACGGCAGCUGGCAAUAUAACGACCAAUUUCUGCUUUGAAAAUCAACUGCUGGAGGUAGGAAGGCGUUGCUGGCCAUCGUCUGGGAAGAUGCAAAAUUACACAAAGGGCUGUUUCUGGUCGCCGGAUGGCACGUGUCUGCUCGUUCCGGUGCACCAGGAUGGCAUGCAUGUUAUAGAACUGCCAUUGGACUUGUACACUGUCAGCGAACUCGAGUCGGAUCGCAAUCUCAGCGCCCUACAGUCGGCAGUGCAUGUGCCUGAGGGCGGCACCGUCUACGAUUGCGUUUGGUAUCCGCUAAUGAGCAGCCAGCAACCAGAAACUUGCUGCUGGCUGGCCACACGCCAACACGAACCCAUACACAUGUGGGAUGCGUUUGAUGGCAAACUGCGCUGCAGCUACAGCGGCUAUGAUGAAGUGGACGAGGUGGUGGCUGCCAUUUCUCUGGCAUUUUCACACGAUGGCGAGAAGAUUUUUGCCGGCUACAAGAAGUCCAUUAAAAUCUUCGACACCAACAGACCCGGUCGCAUUUACGACGAUUACCCAGUGAAGCGCGCCAUUUCAUGCAUGGCACAGACCACCGAGCAGCCGCGCACACUUACCUGUGGCAACUGGCACGGUUUCAUAGAACAUUUCGACCUGCGUUGCUCACCCAAGCAGGGUCCACUCUUCACGCUGGGCGGACACAGCGCAGGCAUCACACAAUUGCACUACAACUGCGACGGCAAUGGGGGCAGCCACUGGCAAUUGUUUAGUGGCGCCCGCAAGUGCUCCAAACUACUGCUCUGGGAUAUGCGCAACUAUACAAAACCGUUGCGCGAAUUUACGCGUAAUGUGGAGACCAAUCAGCGUAUACUUUUCGACCUGAAGACCGUGGAACAGCAAUCGUGGCUGGCCAGUGGCGAUACAAAAGGACAGUUGAGGCUAUGGGACCUGAAGGAGCAGGAGGAAUUGGGUUUGGAGCUGCCACUGCAUGAGGAUUGCUGCAAUGGUGUCAGUUUUCAUCCGUCGUUGCCCAUUCUGGCCAGCACAUCGGGUCAGUAUCAUUUCUUUGGGGCAGAAGCCUUUCAAAACGGCUCCACGCUGGACAGCACGUUGACGGCGACAGAGGCGGAGCCGCUGCCCAGUGAGGAGCAGACUCGCGUCGUAGACUACGAGAAUGCCGUCCUGCUGCUGUGGCAUGGAAAAUGUAAAACUUAAGACACUCUGAGCUUAGGUUUAAAAUACAAAAAUUGAACAUUUAUUGAACCAAUUGCUAAAUACU